UUGCAGACUUCAUCGUCAUUUCUUCCUUACAAUUUGACUUCGUUAUCUUCACUUCAAACUCGUGCACAUUUUGGAAAUGUCGUUGAUGGUAUCCUUCCUCGAACAUCACCCAAAGUUUCACGUACGAAUAAUCGAUUGAAUAAUGAAAUUCACGAGAUAUCAGUCCCAAAAUCCCAGCUGAAAACAGUUGAUAUUCAAUUCGAAGAUAAGCCAAGUGCAGCUUACCAGCCUGACAUUCCUGAGAAGAAUAAUUCAGACACGGAACGACAAAAUACUAUCGAUGGUUUGCUUGAUGUAAGUAUAAGUUCAAAUCGAAACAAUUAUGGUAAUGAUGACAGAAAAUAUUUUGGUUUCACAGUUACCGGCGGGAAAGAUAAGAAUGCACCACUGAAAAUUGAUGCUGUGAUUGUGGGCACGCCAGCUGAUGAAGCUGGACUUCAGGUUGGCGAUUUACUUAUGAGCAUAAAUGGUGAAUUUGUGAAGGAAAGGCAUUAUCCGUGCGUGGUAAGAAUGUUGCACGAAGCAGAACGUACCGGCAGCGUGCAAUUAAGGAUUCAAAGGUCUAAGAAUGCUGUGGCGGGUUCGUUCCUCAUUCACAAGUUCUUAAAUUUUUUUGAAUUAGGCCCACGGAAAAUAAGUGAACCUUCUGCAACAAGCAUAGAUCAACAAUCUACCAUAUCGUUUGAUCAAAAACGAGCAAUGUUUGAUAAAAAAUAUACGAGUAAAGAUAGUAAUAAUGAUAUUUGCAAAGGCCUACGAAAGCAAAAUUAUCUUUCUUCAGCAUCUAAAUGGAAUACAGAUAAAAACAAAACGUAUCAUGAAAAUGGUAAGAACUCUAAAUUACAUGCGUCUGCUUCACUUACUGCUACUCCUGCUCCUGCUCUUCCUGCUGCAGCUAAAACUACUUUAUGUAGUAGUUCAACAUCGUCAUCAUUUUCUGCUAUAUUCAAUAAUGAUGAUAAUACCGAUUACGAAGAAAAUGAUGGCGAUAAUUAUAUUAAUAAUAACGAUGAUAAUGAGAAUGGAGACGAUGAUAAUAAUGAUGAUGGUGAAAAUGAUAUUAAUGAACAACGUAUGAUGUUUAUAAACAAUGGAAAAUCAUCUAAUCGUUAUGUACGUGAACGUUUUUCAAGUUUCACGUCAUUAUCAAGUACUACAUCAUGCUCAAUAACGAGUGGAGGAUGUGAUCCUGAUUAUCGAGUUAUAUCAUUACAUGAUAAACCAAAACCUGGUAAGUUGUCAGAUUUUAUUCCGGAAGUGGAAAGAAAAUCAACUGCUGGUAGCAAGGAUCAAGAUGAUGGUGCUUCAGCUUACAGCUAUAGCUUUUCCCGACGAGGAAACGAUUUAAAUGGCUGUAUAAUGCACACUAAUAAAGAUGAAAGUGAAGCACCACUAGUACUUCGCAAUUACGAUGUUACUCCAGUGAGAAGUGUUAAUGUGUCACCGAUACAAAAUAAAAUUAGUUAUUGGCUAAAAAAAGAUGAAGCUAAGGCAUCAUCGCUACCACGAAAUAUUGGUGCUGGUUAUCGUCGUAAUGGUUAUGUGAUUCCACGCAACUGUACAACUCUUAAUAAAGCAGUGAAUCAGGUCAUUCUAAUUCAAGACGUAAAUAAUUUACAUUACACACAAUUUAAAAUAAAAAAAUAUUUUAAGUUUAUACGUGAAAUGAGAGUUUUUAUGUGA